CCCUGUGCUGGUAUGCAGUCACUCCAACCAACUGAUCCGAGUGCGUAACGCCGAGCCCGUUUCGUAUGAUCUUCUACUGGAUCUUAAAGUAACGUCUGUUUUUUAGGGAAAUACAGGGAUAUUUGUCUGGUCACUCGGGAGGAUGAACUGGAAUUCCACUGUUUGGCUCUCUCCACCUUGGGGCUGAUUUCUCUUCACAUCUUGAUCAUGUCUCCAGUCUACUCGCCCCCCAAAUACACCAAUGGCUCCACCCUCUUAAGCCCAUACAGUUCCUAUGACCCCUGCGAUCCCACCCUGGGAUAUUUUGUCCGAGGUCAACCCCAGCUUUCCAGGUAUGCUCCUUCCACCUCCCGCUACCUGAACCCCAGCCCUUGCCUCGCCCGAGGCGUCCCGUUCUUUCCUCAGGAGCCUGAACGUGGGCAAGCCGUUCCCCAUUCUGAGUCCCACAUUGGCCGCCGGAGUGAAAGCUACAGUAGGAUGCAGGUUAAAGGUCCGAUUCCUAGAAUUAAUUGGCAAAGGGGCCGUUCGCCUUCUAGGACUGGACAUAUCUGCACAUCUCCCCUAUCAAGGCAACGCAGGUCGGUCAGUCAGUCAGACCUGAUGCGGGAGCUCGCCACUCUGGAGAUCUGUGACCAAGGAGCAGUGUACACAGUCAAAGAGAGCACGAUUAGGGGACGGACAGAUUACUCAGGGCCUCUCUACUGGAGCUCAGAGAACUCAAAGAAUGCUCAGGGUCUGGUGGGCCUCAGGAAUCUAGGAAAUACUUGUUUCAUGAACUCCAUACUGCAAUGUCUAAGCAACACUCAUGACCUGAGGGACUACUGUCUGCGUAACUCACACCGCACUGACCUCAACAACAACUGCAGGGCCAAAGCUGCGCUAAUGGAGGAGUUUGCCAAGCUCACUCAGACUCUUUGGACAUCUGCUAGCAGUGAGGCCAUCAGCCCUUCUGACUUCAAAAUGCAGAUCCAGAAAUAUGCCCCUCGAUUCGUUGGUUACAAUCAGCAGGAUGCUCAGGAGUUCUUGCGGUUUCUCCUGGAUGGGCUCCAUAACGAAGUAAACAGAGUGAUAGUGAAACCCAGAACCAGCAUGGAGGACUUUGAUCACCUCUCGUACGUAGAUACACCAAGCAGGGAUGACGAGAAAGGCAAGAGAAUGUGGAACAAGUACCUGGAGAGUGAGGACAGCAAAGUAGUCGAUCUGUUUGUUGGUCAGCUGAAAAGCUCAUUGACGUGCAGCGAGUGUGGCUUCUGCUCAACUGUGUUUGAUCCGUUCUGGGAUCUGUCCUUGCCUAUCACUAAGACUUCAGGAGAAGUGAGUUUGAUCGAUUGUCUUCGACUUUUCACCAAGGAGGAUGUGCUAGAUGGAAAUGAGAGACCAACAUGCCACAGAUGUAAAUCCAGAAGGAAAUGCACUAAAAAAUUUACCAUUCAGAAAUUUCCUAAAAUCUUGGUGCUUCAUCUGAAGCGUUUCUCUGAGUGUCGCGUGAGAACCAGCAAACUCUCCACCUUUGUAAACUUCCCCCUCAAAGAGCUGGACCUCAGGGAAUUUGCCUCUGAUAACAGUGUAAAUGCAGUCUAUAAUCUGUAUGCUGUGUCCAAUCACACUGGUACAUCUUUGGGUGGCCAUUAUACAGCAUAUUGCCGCAGUCCCUGUACAGGAGAAUGGUACACGUACAAUGACUCCAGGGUGAGCCCCAUGUCAUCCAGCCAGGUGCGCAGCAGCGAUGCAUAUGUGCUAUUCUAUGAAUCGGCGACCUCUUCACGCAUGUGAUUAUGAAACGGACAAGCCUUGGAUAAAAUAAACCCGUUUGCUGCUGUUGAAAUACAUAUUGGUCAAGGUCUACAUGCUUGGAGGACUAUGGGACUCUAUCCCAGGCCUAUUAACCAAGGCCAAAGACACACUGGAAUUAAAUUAUGGUCGUGGCUUGUGAAGUGGAGUGAAGCCUGGGAUGAGUUUUAUUCCAAGCUCAGAUUGAGCUUCACCAUAAGGGCUCCUCCAUCCAUCACUCCCCUUGAAAGAGGCUGUGCUGCUCUGGAGAUGGAUUUAACAAACUGAAACGGACAAAGA